GCCAGGUCCUUCAUUUUAUUCUAUUUUCUAGUGUGUAUACCUUACUUAGUAGCGUUCAGAAUCUAGCGACUUGAUUUCUCCGCAAGGCUACGACCAUGCCAUUCUCAUACGGCAUCGACCACCUCGAGCCAGCCUUCAACGACCGCCCGAUUCCAUACAUCACAUACGGCCUCCACUUCGACGAAGCAGCCGCAUACCACAUCGAACACACUCUCAGUCUUAAGCGCGUGUACAUCAUCGCGUCCAACUCUCUCUCCAAGAACACCGACGCCCUCAAACGGCUCCAACAUGCCCUCGGCGACAAGGUCGUCGGCACACGAAUCGGCCUGGCCCCACACACGCACUGGAACCAAGUUCUCGAAGUCGCACAGGACGCCGCGCCCAAGAACCCCGACUGCAUCGUCACGCUGGGCGCCGGCAGUCUCACCGACGCCGCCAAGGUCAUUUGCUGGAUGCUGGCCAACGACAUGACCACUUCCGAAGGCAUGGAGAAGCUCGCCUCGCACGGCAAAGACUGCAAGGACCCCGUGAUACGACACGUCGCGAUCCCAACGAGUCUGUCUGGCGGCGAGUACCAGGCGCUCGCGGGUGUGACGCGCGACGACGGGAGUGACCGAAAACAGCUGUUCUCCCUGCCGGAGCGGAACCCCAGCCUCGUCGUGCUUGAUCCGGAAUUGACCACGACGACGCCGGAGCGCAUUUGGCUGAGCACGGGCGUCAGGGCUGUCGACCAUUGCGUCGAGACAUUGUGCAGUCUCCUGUCCAACGAAAAGGGCGACGCCGAGGCCGAGAAGGGAUUGCUGCGUCUUGUACCCGCACUGAUCCGCACGCACAAGGACCCCAAGGACCUCGACGCCCGGUUCGAAACCAUGCGCGGCGUCAUCGAGGCCAUGAGCGCAGUAUCCUCCGGUGUGCCCCUCGGCGCAAGUCAUGCCAUCGGUCAUCAACUCGGACCCUUGGGCGUGGGCCACGGCGAGACGAGCUGUAUCAUGCUACCUGCCGUGUGCAAAUGGAACGAGAAGGUCGGCGCCAACGUUGAAAGACAGGCAUACACGAAGAAAGUCCUGCUACGCUCGCCUGUGGUGAAGGACCUGCUACAAGCAAAGUAUGGCAAUGAACCUGGGGCUUUGGAUAAAGUGGAUCUAGGUGAUAUUCUGGACGCCAUAUUCCGACAAAUAGGUAUGCCGCGGACCCUGAAGGACGUGGGCGUCGGAAGAGACAAGUUGGACGGACUCGCGACGAACAGUCUGACGGAUCAUUGGAUUCAGACGAAUGCGAAGCCCAUCACGGAGAAGGACCAGGUCAUGGAGAUUCUAGAGAUGGUGGUAGAAUGAGGCUGACGCAGCCUACGAGUACCUAGGACAAGCCAAGCCGAGUCUAAACUAUCCUUCAUAUCAAGUAGCUCUAUAUCGAUAAAAGAUGACAA